AUGCCUUGGUGGAUUCUGGUGCAAGCAUCAACCUCAUCUCCUCACAAUGGCAGAAAAGCUUGGCAUUGCUGGAGCAUUGCAGCGCCCUACUACCUCAAUCAUGUUUGGAGAUGCAACUUCCAAGUCUCCUCUUGGUGUGUUCAAAACUAUCACUUGAAAAUAGGAGAAUGCAUCAUCCAAACUGACCUCACUGUCAUGGAGAUGGAAGAAGAGAAAGAUCUACCUCUGCUAUUGGGAACCCCAUUCCUUAGCACAGUUGGCGCUUCAAUAGACUUUCACAAGCAAGAAGUGAUUCUCACAAGUUCCAAGAGUCCUGAAGUUGCUAAGGUUGUGAAGGAAAAGGUUGAAAAAGAGCCAAGAGUUGUGAGAGAUAAGGUUGAGAAGGACAAAGGAGUUGAUAAAGGACCAAGGAUUGAGAAACCACGCCUUGAGAGGCCUAGAGUUGAGAGACCACGAUCUGAUAGGCCACGAGCUGAUAGACUUGUUCAAGCACCAUGUGUCCUUGAUGAGGAAAGCCUCCAAGCUUUGUUUGAUGAGCCACUAGGAAGCGCUCAAAAAGAAGGGGAGGAUGCAGCCUCAAAGGCACUUGUGGGAGAGAAAAGAAAGACCCACCAGCUCAGGUUUCCUCAGCCAAGCCAUCUCAGCUCACUAUGA